CUCUGCCCCGCUGCUCACCACUGUGAUACCUGGGACCAGGCAUCACCAUGGCAUGGCACUGUGGGGACCUCAUGGAUUUCUAUGCCAUUUCACAGGGGCUGCACGACCCCCACAUGGCCCAGGAUGGUGGGCUCCCUGAAAUACAGGAAGCUGUGCUGAAAAUGGUUGUGUUGGAGGGCUCAGCCUUACAGCUGAGGGGAGGGGCAUGAAGUAGAAGGGGCGUGGCAUCAGAUGUGGGCAUGGCCUAUGAAGUGGGUGCGUGGCUUUUUGAGACAUGGUGGAUUGAUUCUGCGGUGAGAGGGCGUGGCCUAAGAGUGCAGAGGCGUGGCCUAGGAGUGCAGGGUGUGGACCUCGGUUCCGCCCCCAACUGUACUGCGUUGCUCAAGCGACAGUCUGCAGUUGGAGGCAAUGGGCAGCGGCGGUUCGACGUGUCCGAUAUCGGCCGAGGGCCCAGCGGGUGUGGAGCAGCACCUGGAGGCACGGGGUGGGCGGCUGCCCUCGACGCUGUGGGCACAGCGUGGGCUUCGCAAGUUGUACCUGAGCGGUGCCGGGCUGCGUGACGUCCCGGCCGAGCUGGCGUCCCUACGGCACCUCCGUACGCUGGCGCUGGAUGGCAACGAACUGAUGGAGGUCCCCGAGUCCCUUUGCCAACUACCCUGCCUGGCGUACCUCUACCUGGGCCGCAACGGGCUGCAGGGGCUGCCGCCUGCCUUCAGCCACCUGCAGAGCCUCCGCUGCCUCUGGCUGGAGGGCAACUUCAUGGGUCGCUUCCCCCACGCCUUGCUGGCUCUGCCCGGCCUGCGCAGCCUGCAAAUGGGAGACAACCGUCUGGCACGCCUGCCCUCCUGCCUGCCCCGCAUGGUCGGCCUGCAGGGCCUCUGGCUCUAUGGCAACCGUUUCCAGCACUUUCCCCCAGUGCUGCUGCGCAUGGCUCAGCUCCGCAUCCUUGACCUCGAUCGCAACCACAUUGCCUGCUUCCCUGACCUGCGGUGCCUGGUCGGCCUCUGCCUGCUCUCCUAUGACCACAAUCCCGUGCGGCAGCCGCCCUGCGUGGCUGACACAGUGCAGCUGGUGGGCAGCGGGGCCGUGGAGUACAUGGAGGCGCGGGAGGAGUGGCUGCGGGACCAACAGCAUCUUGAGGAAGAGGAGGCAGAAGGCACUGGGAGGAUCCCCCAGGAUGAUGGAUCCCCACUGCUGGAUGACACACCGUGAGGGAUUUUGGACACACUGAGCACCAAAUCUGAGGAGCACAGGCUGUCUUGGAGCAUCCCAAAUAGACAGGGCUCAGUUUUUGGAUAGAGGAAGCAUCACUCCACUCUGACUGUGCAAUACCUCUGCCCCAAGAAUGGGCAGUGCAGCUCUGGGUGCUUCCUAUGGUACUACCUCUGUGGAUUCUCUCUGCUCCUGGCUCCUUGGCUGAGGAGGGAGAAAGAGGCACUGGUCCCACUGCCCAUUGAGUUUUGGGAUGGACACACAAAGUUCUUCUGCGUGCUAAGCUUCCGUUCUCCAGAUUUUGGAAGAAGGCAAAGGAAAAUCUCACCUCCAGCCUUCACCAUGCAGAGGACCUCCAUGCUGUGCCUUAGAAGAAGUACUGAGGCUGCAGGCUCACGGUCCACAGCUGUAUUUGGCAAUAAAAAGCACAACUCUGGUGUAAGAAAAGCAGUGGGGUCAGUUCUCAGGGCAGGG